GCUUCGUUCAAACCCUGAGAUAUACGGAAGUGAUCACAAAACACAAGCCGCCGGUGACUUCCAAACAUGGCAGCUAUGGUAAGGUUAAGCGUUCGCCACUUCAGUUGCGCGAGGGGACCAGCGCUUCUGUCUAACCAAAAUGCUUUCGAAAGCAAGUCAGUGUAUCCUGCUAUUCUCCCGUCAACUACGGCUAAAAGUCGAUCCGCAAAACAGCGACGGGUGGCGGAAUUCUUUGACCAACUCCGUGGCUCCAACGUGAAGGAUAAGCUAUCUUCUCUUACCAAACUCCAGCGGAUGAAAUAUGUGGUGUAUCCGCAGACGUUCGCCUUGAACGCAGACAAAUGGUAUCAGCAUUUCACAAAGACGGCGUAUAUUAGUGAGCUACCAGAAAAAUACUCCAUGUCAGCUCAUGAAACAGAAAAAUCUAACACUUUGCCUCAGAUCGAUGCUGCUGCGUUAGCUGAGAUUCGCACCCUCGUCUGCAAUUCCCUUCUACAGGAGAACUGUCAAGUCAGGAAAGGACGCGCGCCUCUUCUGAAAGAGUUACAGUACACUGUGGCCCCCUUUCUGAAGAAUUUGUCCUCUGGGAUGACGUGUGUGUUGGCCAAGCAGAAUCCCUUACUUCGAUCCUCAACUUUUGAUUCUGAGCCACAAGUAAACUUCUACUGGUUAAGAGGGAAGAGAAUUCUCCCCAAGGGACAUCGCCGGGGGCGACCGGAGCCUACACGGUUUCAGAUUGAUGACAAGCCACAUUGCCAGUUAAGGAUACCACAUCAACUUCCAGAAUUUGUCCCAUUAAGGAAUGAAGUUUCUGAAGAGGUCCCAGUCGUGCAUCUUUCGCCUGACCGGCUUCCCCUGUUUAGGAGGCAGUAUGAGAACCAUGUCUAUUCAGGUGCAAAGGUAGAUGACCCAUGCUGUUACGGACACACACAGUUCCACCUUAUGCCAGAGCGCUUGAACAGAGACCGGAUGAGUGAACUACACUCUGAAAAGCAGCUAGAAGUUACCCUGCGGGCAAAUGCCAUUGCCAGUCUCUUUGCCUGGACAGGAGCUCAGGCAAUGUAUCAAGGUUUCUGGAGUAAUGAAGACCUGGAUAGGCCUUUUGUGUCUCAGGCAGUCAUCACAGAUGGACAAUACUUUUCCUUCUUCUGUUACCAGCUGAACACCUUAGCCUUGACCGAUGAGGCUGAGGUUGACAACCCCAGGAAGAACUUGUGCUGGGGCACAAAGAGUAUGCAACUCUAUGAAAACAUCACUGAUAAUGAUGUGAUUGGAUUGAAUGACCAGGUUCUAAGACUUCUCAUCCAAUUUCUUUUGAAUGGGGCCUAGUUUUGGAAACGGAAGGAUGUCUUGUUUGUGAUUUCUCUAUAUGUUCUGUGUACACAAGAAUAAACAGACAUUAUGACAACA